UCAGGCGAUCGCCCAGGGCACUGCCCCGACUGUGUCCCCAGAGGCUCCGAGGGCGAGGGCUCAGUACUUCCCCACCUGGGGACUUCUGAGUGCCAGCAUGGUGCAGAAGUACCAGUCUCCUGUCCGUGUCUACAAGUACCCCUUCGAGCUGGUCAUGCUGGCCUACGAGAAGCGCUUCCCCACCUGCCCGCUGAUCCCCGUCUUCCUGGGCAGCGAGGUCCUGCGCGAGUCCCGCAGCGCGGACGGCGCGCAGCACGUGGUGGAGCGGCGUUGCCGGCUGCACGUGGAUGCCCCGCGGCUGCUGCGCAAGAUGGCGGGCGUGGAGCACGUGGUGUUCGUGCAGAGGAACGAGCUGAACCGGAGGGCGAGGACGCUGCACAUCGAGGCGCACAAUGAGACCUUCGCCAGCCGCGUGCAGGUCACCGAGAGCUGCAGUUACACGGUCCACCCUGAGAAUGAAGAGUGGACUUGCUUCGAGCAGUCGGCCUCGCUGGACAUCCACUCCUUCUUCGGCUUUGAAAAUGCCUUGGAGAAGAUUGCCAUGAAGCAGUACACAGCCAAUGUGAAGAGGGGCAAGGAGGUGAUGGAGCAUUACCUGAGCGAGCUCAUCUCCCAGGGCACCUGCCACGUUCCCCGCUGGACGCCUGUCCCUGUCCAGGAGGAGGCUUUCCGCAGCGCCCUGGAGGCCAGCAGCACCAGCAGGGAGCCAGGUCCUGCUCCAGAGGUGGUUGGUGCUGAGGGGGACAAGCUGGACGCGGACUACAUCGAGAGGUGCCUGGGCCAUCUCACCCCCAUGCAGGAGAGCUGCCUGGUCCAGCUCCGGCACUGGCUUCAGGAGACCCACAAAGGCAAGAUCCCUAAGGAUGAGCACAUCCUCCGGUUCUUGCGGGCACGAGACUUCCACCUGGACAAGGCCCGGGAGAUGCUGUGCCAGUCCCUGAGCUGGCGGAAGCAGCACCAGGUGGACCUUCUGCUGCAGACCUGGCGGCCCCCAGCCGCUCUGCAGGAGUUCUACGCAGGGGGCUGGCACUACCAGGACAUAGAUGGUCGUCCCCUUUACAUCCUGCGUCUGGGCCAGAUGGACACAAAGGGCCUGAUGAAGGCGGUGGGGGAAGAGGCACUGCUGCAACAUGUUCUUUCUGUCAACGAGGAAGGACAGAAGAGGUGCGAAGGGAACACAAGGCAGUUUGGUCGUCCCAUCAGCUCCUGGACCUGCUUGCUGGAUCUGGAGGGCCUCAACAUGCGGCACCUGUGGCGGCCGGGCGUGAAGGCCCUCCUUCACAUGAUCGAGGUGGUGGAGGGCAAUUACCCGGAGACCCUGGGCCGCCUGCUCAUCGUGCGGGCGCCCCGAGUCUUCCCUGUGCUCUGGACGCUGAUCAGCCCCUUCAUCCACGAGAACACCAGGCGCAAGUUCCUUAUCUACAGCGGCAGCAAUUACCAGGGCCCCGGCGGCUUGGUGGAUUACCUGGACAAGGAUGUCAUCCCCGACUUCCUGGGAGGAGAGAGUGUGUGUAAUGUCCCUGAAGGAGGGCUGGUCCCCAAGUCCCUCUACCUGACAGAGGAGGAGCAGGAGCAGGCAGACCAGCUGCAGCAGUGGAGUGAGACCUACCACUCGGCCAGUGUGCUCCGAGGGGCCCCCCACGAGGUGGCGGUGGAGAUUCUGGAAGGCGAGUCAGUCAUCACCUGGGACUUUGACAUCCUGCGAGGUGACGUGGUAUUCAGCCUGUACCAUGCCAAGCAGGCGCCCAAGCCAGGGCCCCGGGAGCCUGGAGCCAGGGCCAGCGGGCAGCUGAUCGACAAAGGCUGGGUCUUGGGCACGGACUACAGCCGCGUGGAGGCGCCCCUCGUCUGCCGGGAAGGGCAGAGCAUCCAGGGCUCCCAUGUGACGCGGUGGCCGGGCGUCUACCUGCUCCAGUGGCAGAUGUACAGCUCCCCAGGCAGUGUGGCCUGCAGCCUCCCCGGUGUGGACGACGUCCUGACGGUGCUGCACAGCCCCGGCCCCAGGUGCAAACUCCUCUACUACUGCGAGGUGCUGGCGUCUGAGGACUUCAG